AUGGCCGACACGUGCGAUGGACUAGCCCACAAACACUCAACACAAGCUCUCCAACCCCGCCUGACAUGGGAUCCCCGCUGGCCCACUCGCUUGGCUCAGAUACUCGUAUUUACCUUUGCUGUGAUACUAGUAUCAUCACGCACAACGGUGUACCUCCAACCAAAGGCUAACAAUAUCGAUCCUCAAAUAUAUGCGCUUGCACCAGCACCAGUUCCAGCUCCAGCUCCAAUGUCUGCACCAGCACCGGCACCCAUGUCUGCACCAGCUCCAGCACCAAUGGCAGCACCAGCUCCAGCACCAAUGGCAGCACCAGCACCAGCACCCAUGUCAGCACCAGCUCCAGCACCAAUGUCAGCUCCUGCACCAGCUCCAAUGUCUGCACCUGCUCCUGCACCAGCUCCAAUGUCUGCACCUGCUCCAGCACCAAUGGUAGCACCAGCUCCAGCUCCAAUGUCGGCACCAGCUCCAGCGCCAAUGUCUGCACCAGCUCCAGCACCAAUGUCAGGUCCUGCACCAGCUCCANGCGUUUGUAGCCGUAUACAUUGGCCUUUGAUUUUGAUUACAAUCGGCUGGCUUCCUGCAAUUGUUUCGGGUGGCGCACUUUUUACUUGGCUUGUCAUCGCUUUUACUGUGUAUUUUACCUAUGGUAAAUAUACAUGGAGUCAACGACAUAUUUAUCUAACUUCUGGCGCAUUGGAUUUGGGUGUUAAUCUUACGUUGAUUAUUGUCAAUAUCGCAUUGAACAAUCAAAAAGUUGCUUUUCCUCAUUGGUGGGGAAAUAGUGCAGAUGGUGCUGCGGAUAGUUGUGCAAAAGCUUUAAAUUAA